AUGACUCAUGCAACCAGCCAUACGUGUAAAGCCCGACACAGCCGCUGCGAUGAGAAAAAGCCGGUCUGUAGCAACUGCGAGCGACUGAAUCUAGAAUGCAAACAAUCCGAGUUCAUCGCGCCCUCCUCAUGGAACAAUACCCCUGCCGCGGAGCCAAGUCCUAUUCCGGAACCAGAGUUGACCAUCGAUGAGAUGCAACUGAUCCCCGUUCAAAACCAAGAUUCCUCGGACGACACUCUUUUCAUGAACUUCGAGCAACCCGCUUCUACUUGGGAUAUUUUCAGAACCAGGAUAGACGGCCUAGACCAAGUCUCAGACGAAUCGCCACCGAACGAUGUGUUCACGCAGUUGAACCUUGCCGUUCCACGAUCACCUCUGUUGACCUCUUCCUCUUCCAUAUCUGUCGAGGCGCCUAUAUCUUUGACAGCUGAGACUGCUUUCCUUCUACAAACUUCCACAUACCAACUCAUUAUCCCUAAAUUGACCCUGACCUCACCCCUCCUGUUCCACUGCGUCUGUGCCUUCACGGCAAAGUACCUCUCCCUCUCCAACCGUCGCAGUACUAAUUGGGAUCCCACGGCCCGCCAUCACUACGGCCUCGCUCUGCAUUACCUCAUUCAAGCACUCAACACGCCCAGUCAUCAUCACGCUUUGACUGCUACGAUUCUUCUCUCCAGUUAUGAGAUUAUCGCAGGCAUCGCCUCUGAGCACCACCGCCGCCACCUCCUCGGCCAGACCAUGCUCAUCAAGCACCACAAUAUCAAUGCGCAGUCUACCGGGAUGGACAAGGCCAACUUUUGGAUCCAUGUGCGGCACGAGAUUGGGUUUGCGCAAACAACAGGGCGGCCGUUGAUCCUUGACCCGGAAGAGUGGAAUGUUUGUUGGGAGGAAGGCGAGACGCGAGAAGAUGUGCUCGGCAACCAAGUCCUAUGGAUCCUCGCGCGCGUUCUCUGCCUCAUUUACGGCGACGAAGGCUCCACGCCAUCCGGAAAACGUAAACGCAUCGCGAUCCUUCAAGAGCUAGAAGAGUGGCGCUCCGGUCUAUCCGAUCCCUUCAUCGGCAUUCCUUACGGCGAAGAAGACGCCGAGGGUUUCCGAAAAGUAUACUUCACCGUCACAGCGGCGGCGGCCGCUGCGUUCUGGUACCACGUCACGCAUAUCUUGCUCUAUACUGAGCCCACAUUACAAGACGAGAGCUAUAAGCCGCUGAUACAGGACCAGGCGAUGCGGUUGACGAACAUCGCAAUCUCGGAGUUCCCCGACUCUUUGAGAGUAUUUGCGACGCAUGGCCUAUUCUUCGCGGCUAAGCACAUACAAGGUAUAGCCCGUAAAGCACGCAUUUGGAACAUACUGAAAGAUGUCGAGGCUGAGCUUGGCUAUCAUACGCGAAGCAUGGUAAAGAGGCUGCAGGAUCUCGUGGAGCAGGGCUCGUGA